AUGGGAUGUGGUGAUGUUGGUGUUUCUGCUCUAGCAUUGGAGCUGCUACUCCCUAGCUUGAUUUGUUUCCUUGGUGGUUGCAUAGAUGGAUCUUUCUUCUUCUUCAUGGCUUCACCUCCUUUUGUCCUUGCCAUUGGGUACCUUGGCCGAGGCCGAACAAUUGCUUCCCGGAUCGACCGGCACGGUCGGUCCGUUCCGAUACAUAAAUCCGGCCGAGCGCGGCCUGUUUCCUUCCUGGCCGUGUGUUCCGCGCAGACGGUUUUGUCGCGCGAUAGAGCAUCCGGCCGAGCGAGAGCCGUUGAUCCUCCAGGUCUUUUCUCCUUUAGCUUGACUGUAAGGCUUGGCGCUCAGGAGAAGAUGGAGAAUAGAGGCAUCUUUGAUCCUCCAGGAAAAAGUUGCAGAGUUCUUGUAACUUUCUCCUUGAAUCCUUCCAGAUUCUCAUCAAUAAACUCCUUUGGGAAUAGAAGCUUCAUGUUGCGGUCAAACCUAGGCUCUCUCACCUUUCUUCUUGGCUUGGCCUCAUCUUCAAUCUUGGAUGAUCCCUUGGGAGGUUUGGGUGUAGGGGCCUUAGUCUUACUCCUUGCUUGUGUGGCAAGCUGCUUGGGCUUAGGAAUGGGAUCUUCCUUGAUUGUAUCUUCAGUUUCUCCUUCUUAG